AUGGCGAACAGCACAGACCCGCUGGCGAAGAGCAUAAGGGGGACGAACCCGCAGAAUCUGGUUGAGAAGAUAGUGCGUUCAAAGAUAUACCAGAACUCCUACUGGAAGGAGCAGUGCUUUGGACUUACCGCCGAGACCCUUGUUGACAAGGCCAUGGAGCUCGACCACUUGGGUGGUACUAAUGGCGGAAACCGCAAGCCCACCCCCUUCUUGUGUCUCGUUAUGAAGAUGCUUCAGAUCCAACCCGAUAAGGAAAUCGUUGUCGAAUUUAUUAAAAACCCCGAAUACAAAUAUGUUCGGGCACUUGGCGCUUUUUAUUUGCGCCUUACAGGGACAGACAUUGAUGUUUACCGUUACCUAGAACCUCUGUACAAUGAUUACCGAAAGCUGCGGUUCAAAUCAUCUGAUGGGCGCUUCACCUUGACACAUGUUGAUGAGAUUAUCGAUGAACUUCUGACAAAAGAUUAUUCUUGUGAUAUUGCAUUACCACGCAUCAAAAAAAGAAUGACUCUUGAAGCUAUCGAUACACUGGAACCUAGAAGAAGUGCUCUUGAAGAUGAUUUUGAGGAGGAUGAAGAUGACCAACUUGCAGCUGGAUUAGAUUCUGACAGCCAUGACAAGGAUUACUACCAUGGACGAAGUCCAACUAGGGAAAGAGAUCAAGAUAGAAAACGAGACAGUCACAGAUACAGGGAUCGAGAUUAUGACAGAGAUAGGGAUUAUGACAGGGAUCGUGGAAGAGGGCGUGACAGAGAUAGGGAUAGAGACAGAGAUAGAGAUAAGGAAAGGGAUCACCAUCGCCUAAGAGGAGAGAGGGAAUAUGGUCACGAAAGGGAUAGGGAGCGGGACAGGGAGCGUGGCAGACGAAGGAGCCGGAGCAGAAGCAGAGAUCGCAAGGAUCGUGAUGGUGAUGAGCGUCGCAAAAGGCAUGCUCGUAUGAGCGCAAGCCCUAAGAAGCGGAGGGAAGGACCCGAUGGUGAGCCAAAAAAGAAGAAAGAAAAGAAGGAAAAGAAGGAUGAUGGAACAGAUCAUCCAGAUCCGGAGAUAGCAGAAGCAAAUAGGCUCAGGGCAUCACUUGGAUUGAAGCCUCUCAAGAUGUGA